GCUGUGUGCUUUCGCCCGGCGUUUCUCUGGAGGGAAGCUGGGGAGGCAAUUUGCGGCUUGGGGAGACCAAUACACUUUUAGAUAACUGGAUUCGGCAAAUCUCAAAGUCGGACUAUCAGGUUGUGACCCUAGUGGAUGGCAAGUCAGGCCCCCUUACUGUCAGGAAAUACUGCGGGAAUCUUUUGCUGAACCUCUAAAACCGUCCCAAAAUGACGGAGGUUGUGGAGGAAUAUGAGGAAUAUGAGGAGGAAGAGUUUGAGGAGGAGGAGUUUGAGGAGGAGGAGAUUGCAGAUGAGAUCGCAACGACGACUGUCACUGAGCACACGUCUCAGUUCCUACAGUCUGGAUUGCCCAGCAGGAAAAUCAGGAAGAAGGUCAAGGUGGAUACUUCCAAGUUCAUGACUCCGUACCUGGCUCACAGCCAGAAGAUGCUGGAGCAGUUCAGCCACAACAAAUACCGGCAUGCUUAUGACUUGACCCGAGGCCAUCCUCCUGCCAUCAUCACCGAUUCUCCUGAGAUGAUUCGCAUCAGGAAGGCUCAGGAGCAGCUCAGUGAGGUUAAAUACCGCAUGGAGGGAAAUAAGGCUCGGACGACAAGUUUGUACGACGGCGAGGCCAGGGAGAUCGCCCACGUCAAGCGUGUGUCUGAGCUGAUCAGCAAGGUUCUGUACAGGCAGAAGUGGGACGAGACUAAGGACCGGUACCUGCUACCUCCCGAUGCUCCGGAGCUCGUUCUGGCUGUGAAGAACGCUGCCAACUACAGCAAGAAACUGUACACGGAGGCCUGGGAUGAAGAGAAGACCAUGCUCUACCCGUACAGUGACAGCCCAGAGCUGCGCAGGGUGGCCAAGGCUCAGGAAGCCCUCAGUGAUAUCCACUACAAGAAGGGUCACGAUCAGCGCAAGGCCAAGUACACCUCCCUGGCUGAUCCUCCUGAGGUGGAGCUGGCCAGGAGAGUAAACAAUCAGCGCAGUGAUCUCAAGUACAAGGAAGAUUACAACAAAAACGUGAAGGGUCAGUGGUGCGAGACGCCCUACUUUGACGUGGCCACCGCCAGGGUGGCGAUGGACAACUUCAGCAGUAGGAAAUACACGCAAAAAUAUGAGGAUAGCAAAGACCAAAUUUAUUUCAUGCAAACCGACACGCCAGUUUACGGCGCGAACAAGAGGGCUCGUGCUGACGCUAGUCAGAUCCAGUACAAGAAGGAAUACGAGAAGGCGAAAGCACAAGCCGACUACAACACGCUCCCCGCCACCGAGAACCCGCUCCUCCGACAGCUCAGAUAUGCCGGCACCAUCCUCAGUGACAAAGUGUACAAGUCCAGCUAUGAGAAAUCCAAGGGUUCCAGCAUCAACUACUGUGACACGCCCAAGUUUCAGAUGGACUCCGUACUGAAACGCUUCUCUGACGCACGUUACAAAGCCAAGUAUGAAAGUGAAGUGAAGGGUCACUACCUCGGCAGCUAUGAAGAUGUCUACAUGCUUCACUGCCAGAAAGUUGAGGAAAUGAAGAGUGAGCAAUUAUACAAAGCUGAAUACGAGGACAUCAAGACAAGAUGCUUCUACCCUCAAACAAUGACGCCUGAAUAUGAAGUUGGGAAGAAGCUUCAGCAGUGUAACGAUAAAGUUUACCGGCAACAUCCCGACAAAGUGAAAUUUACGCAAGUGGUGGAUUCGCCAGUUCAGCUUCAAGCCGCCAUCAACGCCAAACAGCUAAGUGACUUGAACUACAAGGCAAAGUAUGAGGAAACCAAGUUCAAGAAUAGUCUGCCCCCAGACUAUCCCUUCUUCAUCCAGUCCAGAGUUAAUGCUUUCAACCUCAGUGAUAACUGUUAUAAGUACGAUUGGGAGAAAUCUAAAGCGAAAAAGUUCGAGGUCAGGGGCGACGCCAUAUCGAUCCUCGCUGCCCGCGCUCACACAAACAUUGCCAGUGAUGUCAAAUAUAAAAAGGAGUUUGAGAAGAACAAGGGACAAAUGGUUGGAGCCCUCAGCAUCAACGACGAUCCCAAGAUCUUGCACUCCGUUCAUGUGGCCAAAAUCCAGAGUGAUCGCGAAUAUAAAAAGGACUACGAAAAGUUAAAGACCAAGUACCAUGCACCGCUGGAUAUGAUGUCAGUCACCUUGGCGAAGAAAUCCCAGGCGAUCGCCAGCAUGGCCAAAUAUAGGAGCAUCAACCCCAGCUACUUCCUCCCCUAUGACAGCGUGCUGCUGGAUCUGGCCAAGAAAGCCAACCUCAUCCAGAGUAAUAACGAGUACAAGGCUGACUACAACAGCUUUACCAAGGGCAGCCCAUGGGUUCCCUAUGGCUCCAUGGAGGUGGAAAAGGUGAAGAAAGCAGGAGAUAUCCUGAAUGAGAAAAAAUACAGACAGCCCCCAGACACGAUCCGCUUCACAUCGAUCGACGACCACCCCGUCAUGUUGCAGGCCAAAGUCAACCAGCUUCAGAGGAGCGAUCUGUUCUACAAGAGAGGUCUCGAGGAGAUUCACCAGAAGUACUCUCUGCCUCACGAUGUGCCCGAGUUCCUCCAGGCCAAGUGCAAUGCCUACAACAUCAGCAAGAACUCCUACAAGCAAGCCUGGCAGGAGACCAUUGCUAAAGGUUAUGACCUGAAGGCCGAUGCGAUCUCCGUGGUCGUCGCCAAAGCCGCCAGACACGCUGCCAGUGAUGUCCAGUAUAAAAAGGCCUACGAGAAGGCCAGAGGCCACCACGUCGGCUUCCGCAGCAUCCAGGACGACCCCCUGCUGGUGCACUACAUGAAGGUGGCUAAGAUGCAGAGCGAAAGGAACUACAAGAAGGACUACCACAAGGCCAAGCUGAAGUACCACAGCCCGGUGGACAUGAUCAGUUUGGCUCAUGCCAAACAUGCCUCAGCAGUGCAGACCUAUGCUGGCUACAAGAAGGUCCACCAUAACUACAGUCUUCUGCCCGACUCCAUGAGUGUGGGCCUUGCUCGCAACAUGAACUACAAUGCCAGUGAUUAUAACUAUAAACUGGACUAUGAGACUGGAGUGAAGGGAAUUGGCUGGGUUCCCAUCGGUUCCGUGGAGGUGGAAAAUGCCAAAACAGCGACUGCGGCCCUGGAUGAGAGGAAGUACCGCCAGUACCCUCACACCCUCAAAUUCACCAGCACUUCUGACUCCAUGACCAUGGAGCUGGCCAAGACCAAUUCCAAAAUCCUGAAUGAGAAAGCAUACAGGGCCAGCGGAGAGAAGUUCAUGCACACCUACCAUCUCCCUGCUGACGCCCCUGAACUGAUGCAAGCCAGAUACAACGCUUUCAACAUCAGCAAGAAUAACUACACCUAUGCUCAUCGUCAAGAUCUGCUCAAAGGACAUCACGUGAAGGAAGAUGCUAUUUCUAUUAUUGCGGCAAAGUCUUCCACUAACAUUGCCAGUAAUUACAAGUACAAGUUGGCCUACGAGAAGGCCAGAGGCCACCACGUCGGCUUCCGCAGCAUCCAGGACGAUCCCCUGCUGGUGCACUACAUGCAGGUGGCUAAGAUGCAGAGUGAGAGGAACUACAAGAAGGACUACCACAAGGCCAAGCUGAAGUAUCACACCCCGGUCGACAUGUUGAGUGUGGUCCAAGCCAAGCAUUCCUCUGCUGUUCAGACCAUGGCUGGAUACAGGAAGAUCCCUCACAGCUCCAUACUUCUGCCUGACAACCUGCACCUGCACCUGUGUCGCAACAUGAUGGAAAUUCAGAGUGAUAAUGUCUACAAGUCAGAUUAUAACAACUUCUGUAAAGGCACCGGGUGGGUCCCUAUUGGUUCUGUGGAUGUGGAGAAGGCCAAAGUUGCCACAGCUGCGCUGCAAGAGAGAGGCUAUCGCCAGCAUCCCAGUACUUUCAGUUUCAAAAGCAAGACUGACGCAAUGAACAUGGUUCUGGCUAUGACCAACUCAAAGCAGCUGAACCACGCCGCAUACAAAGCUUCUGGUGAGAAGUUUAAGCACACCUAUCAUCUGCCCGCCGACUGCCCCGAGUUCCUCCAGGCGAAAUUCAAUGCCCAAACCCUCAGCGAGAGUCACUACAAGCACAAAUGGCUGGAGGAUAUUGCCAAGGGAUACGACAUGAAGCCUGAUGCUAUUUCCAUCCUGCACGCCAAGCACGGCAGACAUAUUGCCAGCAAUGUCCAAUACAAGAAAGAGUUUGAGAAGGCCAGAGGCCACCAUGUCGGCUUCCGCAGCAUCCAGGACGAUCCCCUGCUGGUGCACUACAUGCAGGUGGCUAAGAUGCAGAGUGAGAAGAACUACAAGAAGGACUACCACAAGGCCAAGCUGAAGUAUCACACCCCGGUGGACAUGUUGAGUGUGGUCCAAGCCAAGCAUGCCUCUGCUGUUCAGACCAUGGCUGGAUACAGGAAGAUCCAGCACAGUUACUCCCUCCUCCCUGAUGCCCUGAACCUGCAGCUGGCUCGCACCAUGAAUGUCCAGGCUAGCGACUCCGAUUACAAGUCAGAGUGGAACAACUUUGUCAGAGGUGUUGGAUGGGUUCCUAUUGGCUCAAUCGGGGUUGAGAACGCCAAACUUGGUGGUCAGAUUCUGAGUGAACAUAAGUACCGCAGUCAUCCAUCCAACUUCAAGUUCAGCAAGCUGAUGGACUCCAUGGACCUUUCUCUGGCCACUGCCAACAACAAGAUCAUGAACAAGCAAGCAUACACUGCAGCUUGGGAGAAGGACAAACGUACAAUCCACGUCAUGCCAGAUUCUCCUGAGAUCGUCCUGGCCAAGGCCAAUGCCCUCACCAUGAGCGAUAAACUUUACAAAGCCAGUGUUUUGGAGAUGGCCAACAAGGGACAUCACGUGAAAGCAGAUGCCAUCUCAAUUGUUGCUGCUAAGUUGGGCACCACUAUUUCCAGUAAUUACAAGUACAAGUUGGCUUACGAGAAGGCCCGAGGACACCACGUCGGCUUCCGCAGCAUCCAGGACGAUCCCCUGCUGGUGCACUACAUGCAGGUGGCUAAGAUGCAGAGUGAGAAGAACUACAAGAAGGACUACCACAAGGCCAAGCUGAAGUAUCACACCCCGGUGGACAUGUUGAGUGUGGUCCAAGCCAAGCAUUCCUCUGCUGUUCAGACCAUGGCCGGAUACAGACAGAUCCAGCACAGUUACUCCCUCCUCCCUGAUGCCCUGAACCUGCAGCUGGCUCGCACCAUGAAUGUCCAGGCUAGCGACUGCGACUACAAGUCUGAAUGGAACAACUAUAUCCGAGGUAUUGGAUGGGUCCCCAUUGGCUCAAUCGGGGUUGAGAAUGCCAAACUUGGUGGUCAGAUUCUGAGUGAACACAAGUACCGCAGUCAUCCAUCCAACUUCAAGUUCAGCAAGCUGAUGGACUCCAUGGAUAUUACCCUAGCCACUGCCAACAACAAGAUCAUGAACAAGCAAGCAUACACUGCAGCUUGGGAGAAGGACAAACGCACAAUCCACGUCAUGCCAGACUCUCCUGAGAUCGUUCUGGCCAAGGCCAAUGCCCUCACCAUGAGUGAUAAACUGUACAAAGCCAGUGUUCUGGAGAUGGCCAACAAGGGCCACCACGUGAAAGCAGACGCCAUCUCAAUCGUGGCUGCCAAGAAUUGUACCACAAUCGCCAGUAAUUACAAGUACAAGUUGGCUUACGAGAAGGCCCGAGGCCACCACGUCGGCUUCCGCAGCAUCCAGGACGAUCCCCUGCUGGUGCACUACAUGCAGGUGGCAAAGAUUCAGAGCGAAAAGAACUACAAGAAGGACUACCACAAGGCCAAGCUGAAGUAUCACACCCCGGUGGACAUGUUGAGUGUUGUCCAAGCCAAGCAGGCCUCCACUGUUCAGACCAUGGCUGGAUACAGGAAGAUAAUCUCCCACUACACCGUGAUGCCUGAUGCCAUGAACCUGCGGCUGGCUCGUAACAUGCAGUUCAUCGCCAGUGACAACCAGUACAAGAGUGAAUAUGACAGUUACAUGAAGGGAGUAGGAUGGGUUCCUAUCGGCUCGCUGGAUGUCGAGAGAGCAAAAAAGGCCAGCCAGAACUUAAGUGAGAAGCGAUACCGCCAAUAUCCAACCAACUUCAAAUUCACCAAGAACAUGCAGUCCAUGGAUCUGGCCCUGGCCACUGCCAACAACCAGAUUAUGGACAAGCAAUCCUACAACAAAGCCUGGGAGAAAGACAAGACGACGAUCCACAUCAUGCCUGAUGCAAUGGACAUCGUUCUGGCCAGAGGAAACAAGAAGAUCUACAGUGAGAAACUGUACAAAUUGGACAAUGAGCUGUCCAAGAAGAAGGGCCACAAUCUUCAUGGUGAUGCCAUCUCAGUCAAGGCUGCCAAGGCCUCCACUGUGAUCGCUAGCGAUUACAAGUACAAGACGGGAUACCGUAAGCAGGUCGGCCACCACAUCGGCGCUCGCUGCGUGCAGGACGACCCUCUGCUCAUGCUGGCUUUGAACUCGGCCAAGAUCGCCAGCGAUUUUCUGUACAAGAAGGACUUCAACAAGUCCAAGACCAAGUUCAACCUGCCAGUGGACAUGCUGUCCUUUGAACUGGCCAAGAAGAACCAGAUUCAGGUCAACCACGCCAACUACAUCACCCGUUUGCACAACUGGACCUGCCUGCCGGACUCCAACGAUGUCAGGCAGGCCAGACUUGCUUAUGACAUACAGAGUGAUGCCGUGUACAAGGAGGAUAUGAAGAUGAUGCAGGGUGUUGGAUGGGUGCCUAUAGGUUCACUGGAUGUUGAGAAGGCAAAGAAAGCUGGUGAGGCCCUGAAUGAGAGAAAGUAUCGUCAGCAUCCGAGCAACUACAAGUUCAAAAUCACAACUGAAGACAUGUCCAUAGUAUUGGCCAAGGCCAAUGCUCAGGUUAUGAACAAGAAAGCUUACACUAAAGCCUGGGAGAAAGACAAGACCACCAUCCAUAUCAUGCCUGAUGCUAUGGAUAUCAUAUUGGCCAAAGCAAACAAAUCCAACUACAGUUUGAAAAUGUACAAGCAGGCACAUGAAGAUGCAAAGAAGAAGGGAUACGACAUGCGCAACGAUGCCGUUUCCAUUAUUGCAGCAAGGGCCUCCAGGGAUAUUGCCAGCGAUUACAAGUACAAGACAGGAUACCGUAAGCAGGUCGGCCACCACAUCGGCGCUCGCUGCGUGCAGGACGACCCUCUGCUCAUGCUGGCUCUGAACUCAGCCAAGAUCGCCAGCGAUUUUCUGUACAAGAAGGACUUCAACAAGUCCAAGACCAAGUUCAACCUGCCAGUGGACAUGCUGUCCUUUGAACUGGCCAAGAAGAACCAGAUUCAGGUCAACCACGCCAACUACAUCACCCGUUUGCACAACUGGACCUGCCUGCCAGACUCCAACGAUGUCAGGCAGGCCAGACUUGCUUAUGACAUACAGAGUGAUGCCGUGUACAAGGAGGACAUGAAGAUGAUGCAGGGUGUUGGAUGGGUGCCGAUAGGUUCACUGGAUGUUGAGAAGGCAAAGAAAGCUGGUGAUGCCCUGAGUGAGAGAAAGUAUCGUCAGCCCCCGAGCAACUACAAGUUCAAAAUCACUACUGAAGACAUGCCCAUGGUAUUGGCCAAGGCCAAUGCUCAGGUUAUGAACAAGAAAUCAUAUUUGGAAGCCUGGGAGAAAGACAAGACCAAGAUCCACAUCAUGCCUGAUGCUAUGGAUGUUCUUCUAGCCAAAGCAAACAAUGUCAACUUCAGUUUGAAAAAGUACACACAGGCUCAUGAAGAUGCCAAGAAGAAGGGCUACGAUCUGCGUGGAGACGCCGUCUCCAUCAAAGCAGCCAAGGCUUCCAGGGACAUUGCCAGUGAUUACAAGUACAAGACAGGAUACCGCGCGCAGGUCGGCCACCACAUCGGCGCUCGCUGCGUGCAGGACGACCCUCUUCUCAUGCUGGCGUUGAACUCGGCCAGGAUCGCCAGUGAUUUUCUGUACAAGAAGGACUUCAACAAGUCCAAGACCAAGUUCAACCUGCCAGUGGACAUGCUGGCCUUUGAGCUGGCCAAGAAGAACCAGAUUCAGGUCAACCACGCCAACUACAUCACCCGUUUGCACAACUGGACCUGCCUGCCGGACUCCAACGAUGUCAGGCAGGCAAGAAAGGCGUAUGACCUACAGAGUGAUGCCGUGUACAAGGAGGACAUGAAGAUGAUGCAGGGUGUUGGAUGGGUGCCUAUAGGUUCACUGGAUGUUGAGAAGGCAAAGAAAGCUGGUGAUGCCCUGAGUGAGAGAAAGUAUCGUCAGCCCCCGAGCAACUACAAGUUCAAAAUCACUACUGAAGACAUGCCCAUGGUAUUGGCCAAGGCCAAUGCUCAGGUUAUGAACAAGAAAUCAUAUUUGGAAGCCUGGGAGAAAGAUAAGACCAAGAUCCACAUCAUGCCCGAUGCUAUGGACGUUCUUCUAGCCAAAGCAAACAAUGUCAACUUCAGUUUGAAAAAGUACACACAGGCUCAUGAAGAUGCCAAGAAGAAGGGCUACGAUCUGCGUGGUGACGCCGUCUCCAUCAAAGCAGCCAAGGCUUCCAGGGACAUUGCCAGUGAUUACAAGUACAAGACAGGAUACCGCGCGCAGGUCGGCCACCACGUCGGCGCUCGCUGCGUGCAGGACGACCCUCUGCUCGUGCUGGCGUUGAACUCGGCCAGGAUCGCCAGUGAUUUUCUGUACAAGAAGGACUUCAACAAGUCCAAGACCAAGUUCAACCUGCCAGUGGACAUGCUGGCCUUUGAGCUGGCCAAGAAGAACCAGAUUCAGGUCAACCAUGCCAACUACAUCACCCGUUUGCACAACUGGACCUGCCUGCCGGAUUCCAACGAUGUCAGGCAGGCCAGAAAGGCGUAUGAACUACAGAGUGAUGCCGUCUACAAAGCUGACAUGAAGUGGCUCCAGGGCCUAGGCUGGGUCCCCAUCGGCUCACUGGACGUGGAGAAAGCCAAAAAGGCCGGAGAUAUCUUGAACGAAAGAAAGUACCGCCAGCAACCCAGCAGUUUCCCCUUCACCAGCACCACAGAUGCCAUGAACAUCGUGCUGGCAAAGAAUAACGCCUUGACUAUGAACAAGCGCCUCUACGUCGAUGCGUGGGAGAAAGAGAAGACCAAUCUGCACAUCAAGCCUGACACUCCAGAAAUCAUCCUCUCUCAGCAGAAUGCGAUCAACAUAAGCAGGAAACUAUACAGACAAGGUUUUGAGGACACAAUUAACAAGGGCUAUUACCUCCCUUCGGACGCAGUCUCCAUCAAGGCAGCUAAGGCCUCCAGGGACAUCGUCAGUGACUACAAGUACAAGACAGGAUACCGCGCGCAGGUCGGCCACCACAUCGGCGCUCGCUGCGUGCAGGACGACCCUCUGAUUAUGCUGGCUCUGAACUCGGCCAGGAUCGCCAGCGAUGCUCUGUACAAGAAGGACUUCAACAAGUCCAAGACCAAGUUCAACCUGCCGGUGGACAUGAUCAAUCUCGAACUGGCCAAGAAGUGCCAGAUCCAGGUCAACGACUUCAACUACAGAACUCACCUGCACAACUGGACCUGCCUGCCCGACUCCAACGAUGUCAGACAGGCCAGGAAAGCCUACGAUCUUCAGAGUGACGCUGUGUACAAGGCGGACAUGGAUGAGGUCGUAGGUGUGGGAUGGAUCCCCAUCGGCUCAUUGGAUGUGUUGAAGGCCAAGAAUGCCGGGAAAAUUCUCAGUGACCGUCUCUACAAGCAGAGACCAGAUGCAGCGAAAUUUAAGUCUGACAUGACCUCCAUGUCCAUGCUCUUAGCCAAAACAAAUGCUAAUAUCAUUAACAAGAAAAAUUACAUUGCUGCUUGGGAGGCUGAGAAGAUGAAGACUCACGUGAUCCCUGACAUGCCUGAGAUGGUGCUCUCCAAGGCUAACGCAUACAACAUGAGCAAGAAACUGUACAGAGAAGCAGUUGACGAGAUGUUCAGAAAGGGCUACGACCUCAAGGCUGACGCUGUCUCCAUUAUUGCCGCCAAACGUGGAAGAGAAAUCAUCAGCGAUUACAAAUACAAGACAAGUUACCGUAAGCAGGUCGGUCACCACAUUGGAGCCCUCAGUGUCCAGGAUGACCCUCUGAUCGUUCUGGCUCUGAACUCGGCCAGGAUCGCCAGUGACUUUCUGUACAAGAAGGACUUCAACAAGUCCAAGACCAAGUUCAACCUGCCGGUGGACAUGCUGAAUCUCGAACUGGCCAAGAAAUGCCAGAUCCAAGUCAACGACUUCAACUACAGAACUCACCUGCACAACUGGACCUGCCUGCCCGACUCCAACGACGUGGUCCAGGCCAGGAAGGCGUAUAACCUGCAGAGUGAUGCUGUGUACAAGGCUGACAUGGAAUGGGUCAGGGGCACAGGUUGGGUGCCGAUUGGCUCAGUUGAUGUGGAGAAGGCCAAGAAAGCAGCAGAGAUCCUGUGCGAGAGGAAGUACCGUCAGCCUCCCAGCAGCUUCAAGUUCUCUGCCAAAACAUGUGACAUGCCAUAUGCCCUGGCUCAGGCCAAUGCCCAGAUCAUGGACAAGAAAGCCUAUUUGGCUGCCUGGGAGAAGGAUAAGACCAACAUCCACGUCAUGCCUGACACCCCAGAGAUCGUCCUGGCCCAACAGAACAAACUCAACACCAGUCUGAAAUAUUAUCGUGAAGGCUAUAUGGACACCAUCAACAAGGGAUACUAUCUUCCCAAAGAUGCGGUUUCCGUUUUAGCGGCCAGAGCCUCCAGGGACAUCGUCAGCGAUUACAAAUACAAGGCCGGCUACCGGAAGCAGUGUGGCCACCACAUCGGUGCCCUCAGCGUCAAUGACGACCCGCUGAUCAUGUUGGCCGCACACGCAGCCAAGAUCUCCAGCGACAACAUCUACAAGAAGGACUUCAACAAAACGAAGACCAAGUACAACCUUCCGCCGGACAUGCUGGCCCUGGAACUGGCCAAAAAAUGCCAGAAGCAAGUGAACGACUUCAACUACAGGACUCACUUGCACCAGUGGACGUGCCUGCCAGACUCCACCGACGUGGUCCAGGCCAGGAAGGUGUACGACUUACAGAGCGAUGCCGUAUACAAAGCUGAUAUGGAGUGGCUGAGAGGAUGCGGCUGGUCGCCUCAGGACUCUGUGGACGUCAUCAAAGCUAGAAAUGCGCAGACUAUUCUCAACGAGAGGCUUUACCGCCAACCCCCGAGCACCGUCAAGUUCACCAGCGUCGUGGACUUUCCGGCCAUUCUCCUGUCCAAGCAAAACGCUGACAACAUCAGCGAUAGGAAAUACAGAGAAGUCUGGGACAAGGACAAGCUCAUCUAUCACCUGCCACCUAACACCCCCACCUUGGAACUGUCCAAGGCCAAUUCUGUCAAUAUCAGCAAUAAACUGUACACAAAGGCGUGGGAUGACCAGAAGGCCAAAGGCUACCACAUCAAGGAGGAUGCUAUCGCUGUGCUGAAGGCCAGAGCGUCCAGAGACAUCGUUAGUGAUUACAAGUACAAGGUAGGAUACCGUAAGCAGCUCGGCCACCACAUCGGCGCUCGCUGCGUGCAGGACGACCCUCUGAUUAUGCUGGCUCUGAACUCGGCCAGGAUCGCCAGUGACGCUCUGUACAAGAAGGACUUCAACAAGUCCAAGACCAAGUUCAACCUGCCGGUGGACAUGAUCAAUCUCGAACUGGCCAAGAAGUGCCAGAUCCAAGUCAACGACUUCAACUACAGAACUCACCUGCACAACUGGACCUGCCUGCCCGACUCCAACGAUGUCAGACAGGCCAGGAAAGCCUACGAUCUUCAGAGUGACGCUGUGUACAAAGCAGAUAUGGAGUGGUUACGUGGAUGUGGAUGGGUGCCACAUGAGAGUGUGGACGUUAUGAAGGUGAAGCAUGCACAGAAGGUCCUGGCUGAGAGAGGCUACCGAGUUAAGUUGGAUCAACAGAAGUUCAUUGUUCCAACUGACAGAGUCGACAUGGUCUGCGCAAAGAACGCUGCCAACGUCCUCAACGAGGCCAAAUAUCGUGAGGCCUGGCACCAGGACAAGACCAAGUUCUCACUGGUGGACACUCCAAUCCUCGCCACAGCCAGAGAGGUGGCCAAGAACAUUCACCCUCAUCUUUACACAAAAGCAUGGGACCAGGUCAAGGCCACAGGGUACUUCAUGCCCGGAGAUGCUGUGCCAAUCAAGCAGUGCAUCUCGACGACUAAAGUGCAGAGUAAUCACAAGUACCUUGAGUCGUACCGGAAGCAGCUCGGCCACCACAUCGGUGCUCGCUGCGUGGAAGACGACCCUCUGAUCAUGCUUGCUAUGCACUCGGGCAAGAUCGCCAGCGAAGUCCUCUACAAGAAGGACUUCAACAAGUGCAAGACCAAAUUCAACCUGCCGGUGGACAUGCUCCAAUUUGAACUGGCCAAGAAAUGCCAGAUCCAGGUCAACGACGACCUCUACAGAACUCGCCUGCACAACUGGACUUGUAUGCCGGACCAGAACGACGUCAUCCAGGCCCGCAAAGCAUACGAACUUCAGAGUGACCAUGUGUAUAAGGCCGACCUGGAAUGGAUUCGUGGCUGCGGUUGGGUGGCAGCUGACUCCGUUGACCACGUCAAAGUCAGGAAGGCCCAGGAGAUUCUCAACGAGAGGCUUUACAAGAAGAGUGCCAAAGACGCCUUUGGUAAAUUCACCCUGGUCGUUGACCGACCUGAGAUCGUCCUGGCAAAGAUAAAUGCUGCCAACCUCAGUGAUCUGAAGUACCAUGAAACGUUCAACGCAGAAAAGGGUCAUUACAUCGGUUCGGAGGACACUCCUCAACUGGCCCAUAGCAGGGAGGUGUCCAAGAACAUCAGCGAGAAACUCUACAAACAACAAUGGGAUGAGUCCAAGGCUACAGGCUACCAGCUGAACCAUCAAUACAUCCCACUGCUCAGCGGCAAGAAGGGCAGGGACAUCGCCAGUGAUGUCAAGUACAAGGAUACCCACGAGAAGGCUAAAGGUCACUACAUGGCCGGAACCCUGGUCGACUUCCCCGAGGUGAUGCGCUGUGGAAACCAGGAGAAGAACAAGGGACUGAGGGUCUACCAGCAGGCCUACAACCAAAGCAAGACCAAGACCCACCUCCCACCUGACAUCAUCGCUAACAAGGUCGCCAAACGCUGCCAGGAUAUGCUGAGCGACGUCCUCUACCGCACCUACCUGCACCAGUGGACAUGCCACCCCGAACAGGAGGACGCCAUCCGCGCCCGCAAGACCAACGAGAUUCUCAGCGAUGUGUUCUACAAGGAAGACCUGACCUGGAUGCGGGGCAUCGGUUGCUAUGUCUGGGACACACCAGAGAUUGUUCGUGCCAAGAAGUCCUACGAGCUGCAGAGUGAACUUAAAUACAGAGAUGAAGCCAAAAAAGAAUUCAACAACUACUCUAUUGUGACAGACACCCCAGCCUAUGUGACUGCUAUUCUGGGUCACACCUGGGCCAGUGAUCUCAACUACAGAGAGGCUUAUCACAAGGAGAAGCACCUGUACACCACUAUUCUGGAUACCCAUGACUACGCCAGAUGCCACAACUUCAAAAACUUCUUCAGCAACAAAAACUACACUGCUGCCUGGGACAAAAUCAAAGACAAGAGCUACCGCAUUCCUCACGACUCAAAUGCCUUGCAACACGCCAAACAACAGAAGAUCAUUCUCAGCAGCGUGAAGUACAAGGAAGAUUACGAGAAGUUCAAAUCCCUUUACAGUCUGCCCAAGUGUCUUGAGGACGAUCCCGCAACCGCUCGCUGUGUCAAAGCUGGAAAGCUGGUUCUGGACCGUCUGUACCACGAGAACUAUGAGAAGACCAAGGCCAAGAACCACAUCCCAGCAGACAUGCUGGAGAUCCUGUCUGCUCGCAAGACCCAGUCCACCGUCAGUGGGAUCAACUACCGCAAGUUCCUGCACCAGUGGAUCUGUCUGCCUGACAUGCAGGUGUACACCCAGGCGCGCAAAGUCAACGAGCAACUCAGUGACAUCUUCUACAAGGAUGAUCUAAACUGGCUAAAGGGUAUCGGCUGCUAUGCCUGGGACACGCCGGAGAUCCUUCGUGUCAAGAAUGCUGGCGAUCUUCAGAGUGAGAACAAGUACAGAGCUAAAGGCGUUGAGGCUUUCAAGGACUAUUCAGUGGUGACAGAUACGCCAGUGUACGAGACAGCCAAGCAGAACGCUCAGAACCUGAGCGAUCUGCACUACCGCUAUGAUUACCACGCCAAUGUCAAGGGCACGAACACCUCGCCUGCUGUCACCAUUGACACACAAAGGGCACGCCUGGCUAACCAGAUCCAGAGUGAUAACUGGUACACAGAGGCCAACAGGAGCUCCAUGCCGACCGGUUACUCCCUGCCCUACGACACGCCGCUCAUCAAGCAGGUCAAGCGGAACACCGUCGUCUCCAGCUAUGUGAAGUACAAGGAGGCCUAUGAGAUGAUGAAGGCAAAGGCCUACACUCUUCAUCCAGAGGGUGUCAACUUUGUCAACGCGAGGAAAGCUCACAAGAUCGUCAAUGAUCGUCUCUAUCGUGAAGAGUACCAUAAGAAAAAGGACAAGAUCCACACAACCUACCACACCCCUGAUAUCAAACAAGUCAAGAUGAACCAGAAGCACCUCAGUGAGUUGUGCUACAGAGAGAAAUACUACAACACCAGAGGCCAGCUGAUCAAUCUGCCCAUCACACCUCAGCUGAUGCACUGCUACCACGUCAACCAGAUCACCAGCGAGCUGAAAUACAAAGAGGAUCUGCAGUGGCUGAGAGGCGUUGGCUGCUUCUUGUAUGACACCCCAGAGAUGGUCCGCAUCCGCAAUGUCACCAAAAUGAGGGAGGCCUAUCCAGUGGAGGCCAAGAAGAACCUUGCCAACUUCUCCGUGGUCCUGGACACUCCUGAGUACAAGCGUGUGACUGAGCUCAAGACCCACAUGAGCGGCAUGAUCUACAAAGCCCAGAGCAGAGUGGACAUGGCAAAGGUCACCACCACGUUGGACGCUGUGGACAUCCAGAGAGCCAAAUGGGCGCAGCAGCUGACUAACAAGUACAAGUACACAGAUCUGGCUGCAAAGGAGAGAGCUCAUUUUACCCAAGAAUCUGAAACUCCAAACAUGGGCCACGCUAGAAAAAUGAAAGUGGUCUACAGUGACAUCAAGUACAAAGAACAGUAUGAGAAGAUGAAGUACAGGUACACCGCCAUUGCUGAUACACCUCUGCUGAUCCGUGCCAAGAAAUCCUACCUCCAGUCUAGUGAUCUGCGCUACAAAGAGACCUUUGAGCUCUCCAAAGGCCACUACCGCACGGUCAAGGACGCUCUGGACAUCACCUACCACCGCAGAGUCACUGAUGACAUCAGUGAGGUUAAAUACAGGGAGAAGUACAUCAACUCUCUGGGUACAUGGAAGUCCAUCCCCGACCGUCCAGAGUUCUUCUUCAGCAAAAUUGCUAAUGAGAACGUCAGCACCGUCAAGUACAAGGAGGACCUGGAGUGGCUGAAAGGAAUUGGCUGCUAUGUGUGGGACACACCUGAAAUGUUGCAGGCUGAGAGGAACAAGACUCUGUACAGUGAGAGACUGUACAGAGCCUCCUUCGAGAAGAACAAAGGCAACUUCAAGUACACCAGCGACACGCCGUUCUUCCAGGCUGCCAAGCACGCUUCCGCUCUCAUUAACAACGUGAUGUAUAAAACCAGAGCAAAGGAUCUGCUAAAGAGCGGCUGCAAUGAGCUGCUCCGCCCCGACAUCCUCACAGCCCUUUAUCAGUCCACUAUGAGCAGUAAGUGGAAGUACAGGGAGCAGUAUGAACGUGCCAAGGACAAGUUCACCUCCGUUCUGGAGACUCCUGAGUAUGAGGCCCACAAACGCAGCAAGAAGAUCAGUGACAUCAUCUACAAGAUGGAGUACAACAAGACCAAGGCUAAGGGAUACACCUUGCCUUUUGACACGCCACACCAACAGCACAUGAAGAAGGUCAAGGACAUCACCAGCAAUCUGAAGUACAGGGAGGUGUACGAGAAGAGCAAGGCUCAGAUCAACAUUGACCCAGAGGCCCACGAGAUCCGCGCCGCCAAGGAGGCCUACAAGAACAUCAGCAAUCUUAACUACAAGAAGAAGUAUGAAGCCACCAAGAACAAAUGGAUCUGGACAACAGACAGACCCGACUUCCUCAAUAACGCCAAGAACUCCUUCCAACAGAGUGAUGUUGAAUACAAGUAUGACAAAGAGAUGCUCAAGGGCUGCGUGAUCCCUGUGGUCGAUGACAAGUACACCCUGCUGUGCAUGAAGAACGCUGAAAUGGCCAGUGAUGUGAAAUACAGAGAGAAGUAUGAAAAGGGAAAGGGCCAGUACGUGCCCAUCAUGGACACUCCUCAAAUCCUCCAUGCCAAGGCUGUGCGAACUCUGGCAUCAGAGAGCAAAUACAAGGAGGCCAGUAAGAAGGACAUGCAGUCCGGCUCGUUCACAACCCUGAAUGAAACGCGUGACACAGUCCACAGCAAGGAGAUCAACAAGCUCGUCAGCGGGAAACUGUAUAAGGCAAAGCAUGAGAAGGACAAGGGCAAGUCGCAGUAUAACCUCAUGGCUGUUCCACCCGAUGUUCAGCACGCCAUCGACGUGGCCAAGAGUCAGAGCAGCGUUGCUUAUAGGAAGGCUGCCAAGGCCAACCUGCACUACACUUCCAUAGUUGACCGUCCUGACAUAAGGAAGGCUACCCAGGCUGCCAAACUUAUCAGCGAGGUCGGCUACCGUGACAAGGCCCGCGAGGCGGCAAGCCGCGGAGGUUCUCUGGCCCACCGCCCGGACAUCGCUCUGGCCACCGAGGUGUCCAAGCUGACCAGCCAGGUGGAGGCCAAGACCUCCCUCCAUGGAGCUGCUUCCUACGAUACCCUCCAGAUGCGCCACAUUAAGAAAAUGAGUGCCAUGACUAGUGAUGUGAAGUACCACGAAAAGUUCGACAAGGAGAUGAAAGGAAAGAGACCACAAUAUGACCUGAAGAACAGUAAGAUUUACCAGACUUUGAAGGAUGCCAACGUGCUGGCUAGUGAGGUGAAGUACAAGGGCGACCUGAAAAAGCUCCACAAGCCUGUGACCGACAUGGCAGAGUCCCUGUCCAUGCAGCACAACCUGAGCACCAGCAAACUGUCCAGCCAAUACUGCUACAAGAAGAAGUUUGAGGAGAGUAAGGGUCACUACCACAUGAUUGCCGACACACCUGAGCAGCUCCAUCAUAAGGAGGCCUCUGAACUGCAGAGUAACGUGAAAUACAAGGAGAAGUAUGAGAAGGAGAAGGGCAAAGCCAUGCUGGACUUUGAGACACCCACGUAUGUGACUAAUAAGGAGGCCCAGCACAUGCAGAGCCAGAAAGACUAUAAGAAGGACUUUGAGGAGCACAUGAGGGGCAAGAACCUCUCAGGCUUGGAGGUCACCCCUGCCAUGAUACAUGUCAGACAUGCCACCAAAAUAGCCAGUGAGAAAGAAUACAGGAGGGAUCUAGAAGAGGGGGUGAAGGGUAAAGGGCUCACAUCACUGGAGGAAACUCCGGAGCGUUUGAGAGCAAGGAAUGCCACUCAAAUCCUGUGUGAGAGAGAGUACAAGAAGUCACUGGAGCUGGAGAUCAAGGGCAGGGGAAUGUUGGCGUUGGCUACGGACACCCCGGACUUCCUCAGGGCCAGGAACGCUACGGACAUCCUGAGCCAGUCUAAGUACAAGCACACUGCUGAGAUGGACAGGGCCAGCUACACGAGUGUCAUCGACACCCCUGACAUCAUCCACGCUCAGCAGAUGAGGAACAUUAUCAGCCAGAAAAAGUACAGAGAGGAGGCCGAGAAGACCAUGUCUCACUACGUGCCGGUCCUGGACACUCCGGAGAUGCAGAGAGUCCGCGAGAACCAGAAGAACUUCAGCACUCAUCAAUACCAGAUUGACGUUAAAAACGCAAAGGGCAAAGUGUCGUCUGUACAGGACACUCCCGAAAUGCUCCGCAUUAAAGAGAAUACAAAGAAUUUCAGCUUGAUUCAGUACAAAGAGGAUCUGGGAGGAGGAACAGCUUUACCCGAGACCCCGGAGAUGCAGCGAGCUAAACAAAACCAGCGCAACAUUAGCACGGUACAGUACAAGGACUCGCUGGGUCAAGGCACAGCCGUGUCAGAUCUCCCCGAGGUGAAGCGGGUCCGAGAAACCCAGAAGAAUAUCAGCUUGGUACAGUACAAGGACUCGCUGGGUCAAGGCACAGCCGUGUCAGAUCUCCCCGAGGUGAAGCGGGUCCGAGAAACCCAGAAGAAUAUCAGCUUGGUACAGUACAAGGACUCGCUGGGUCAAGGCACAGCCGUGUCAGAUCUCCCCGAGGUGAAGCGGGUCCGAGAAACCCAGAAGAAUAUCAGCUUGGUACAGUACAAGGAUUCUCUGGGUCAAGGCACGGCCGUGUCAGAUCUCCCCGAGGUGAAGCGGGUCCGAGAAACCCAGAAGAAUAUCAGCUCGCUCCAAUACAAAGAAGGAGUGGGACAAGGCACGUCAGUAUCAGAGACCCCAGAGAUGGAGAGGGUUAAACGCAAUCAGCAAAAUAUCAGCACGAUCAAAUACAAGGACUCUCUGGGCCGAGGCACAGCCAUACCCGACCUCCCCGAGGUGAAGCGGAUCAAACAAACCCAGAGGAACAUCAGCUCGGUGUUGUAUAAAGACAGUUCAGCCAAGGGAACUCCUGUGGUGUUCACUCCAGAGAUGGAGCGAGUCAAACGGAACCAAGAGAACAUUAGCUCGGUGCUGUACUCGGACAGUUUCCGUAAGCAGGUCCAGGGCAAGGCGGCCUUCGUUCUGGACACGCCUGAAAUGAGGCGCGUCAGGGAAACCCAGCGCAUCAUCUCUGGGGUGAGAUACCACGAGGACUUUGAGAAGAGCAAGGGCAGCUUCACCCCCACCAGCACCGACCCCGUGACGGAGCGCGUGAAGAAGAACACGCAGGACUUCAGCGACAUCAACUACCGCGGCAUCCAGAGGCGCGUGGUGGAGAUGGAGAGGAGGCGCGCCAUCGAGCACGACCAGGAGACCGUCACCGAUCUGCGCGUGUGGCGCACGAACCCCGGGUCUGUGUUUGACUACGACCCUGCUGAAGACAACAUCCAGUCCAGAAGUCUGCACAUGAUGUCAGUACAAGCUCAGCGUCGCAGCAAGGAGCACUCCCGCUCCACCAGCGCUCUGAGCGGCCUGGGCGACGAGAAGUCUGAGGUGUCCCAGGACCCCGACCACCACAUGUCCCUCUACAGCAACGGCUUCAUGGCCUCCUCUGCGGGCUACCAGCAAGCCAAGACUGUGGAGCUGCAGCAGAGGUCGUCCUCAGUGGCCACCCAGCAGACCACAGUGUCCUCCGUCCCCUCACACCCCUCCACCACCGGAAAAACCGUGCGCGCCAUGUACGACUACGGCGCGGCCGACAACGACGAGGUCUCCUUCAAGGACGGCGACGUCAUCGUCAACGUGCAGGCCAUCGACGAGGGCUGGAUGUACGGCACCGUGCAGCGCACCGGCAAGACCGGCAUGCUGCCCGCCAACUACGUGGAGGCGGUUUAAAGACGACCGCCGGAGGUGGGCGAGACGCAGUGGGUCCCUCCUGUGGUCACAACUGUGGCUUAGUGCAAUGUGUAGCUUUUAGUGUCUUAGUUUUAGCUCCUGUACCUGUAUGUGAGUCUGAUCAUCAUUCAUACGCUGCUGCCGCUGUCGCCCGUGGAUGUGACGCGAGCAUUGUGAUAUGACACAUAUAUAUAAAUAUUUCUAAUUAUACACAACCACGCCUACUACGACUACUGCUACUACGAGUGACAGACUGUUUUAGAUUGUUCAGCUGCUCUAAGACACUUGCUUUGGAGAAAAAAGAGCAAGAGACACUAACAUCUGUCCUGGCCCUAUUCUUUUGUAAAUUAAAAAAAUAAACUAUAAUAUAUAUAUAAAACACUUUAACGGAAGUUCAAUGGAGAAGAAAAUGGAAAUGAUUGAAAAAUAACGAAACGUACAAGAAGUCAGUUAACAUCAAACCACUCCUGAAGAGUUGCAUGAGACGAGCCUCAGUCUUCCCUCCUUUACACUGACGGCCGGACAAAAGUAGAAAAAAAAAGUGUGUUUUGUUUUCCUCCCGAUUAUUUAGGUCCCGGGGUAAAGGUGCAGUACGUGUCCUCUACCUUUUAAUCAGUUAAGCUAAUAAAGCACACCGAGCUCCUGCAGCA